UUUAUCAUGCUCAGCUAGACGGCGCCAUCUACUGGAGCAGCAUCGGCAUGGCUUACAACCCUCAAUUUAACGAUAUAGGAACACAGUUCGUUCAAGCAUAUUAUCAGGCAUAUGAAGCAGCAGCUAAUCCCGAGGAUAGAGCUGUGAAAUUAGCCGGAUUUUACCAUGACAGUUGUUUUUUUACAUUUGAAGAUUUUGCAGCACAAGGCAAAGAAGCUAUACUUAAUAAAAUAAAGAGUUUACCAAUUACAAAAAUAGCACAUAAUGUAACAAAGUGUGAUUGUCAGCCGAUGGCUGAUGGGGGUGUUAUAGUAGUGAUUAUAGGUCAACUUAAGACAGAUGAUGAUCAACCCAUGCCCUAUGCUCAUACAUUUAUUUUGAAAAAUGAAACAAAUUCCUUUUUUAUAGCACAUGAAUUUUUCCGACUGUGUGUUCAUAACUUUUAAUGAAUGACGUUCUGUAGACAAUGUAUGAUUGUCAUUACCCAGGAUUGUGAUUGAAGAGCGGAUACAGAUAAAGAUUUAUUCCACAUUAUAGGCAAGCCUUUGAAGGAUUUUUGGUGCACCUUUACUAAUCUGCAGUAUUUGCAUAAAUGUAUUUGUUUUUGUUGAUCAUUUUACGUAAUAAUGGUAAUGUAAAUGUAAUGCAAAUUGCAUAAAAAAUAUAAUAAUUCUAUCAAUUUAGUAAAAAAAAAUCAUGUAUGGUUUAUGAAGAAUUAUAUAGUUGAUUCAUUUUCAGUCAAUUGGAAAAUGAAAUUGCUUUUGUAUCCUGCAUGCUAUAAAAGUGUCUUUAUUUUUUCACUGUUUAAAACAUUUGUUGGUUGCUUUGCAUAACUUUUUGUCAUGUUUGUCAAAUUGAAACCAGGAUGUUGUGGGAAAUCAUCUCAAUAGUCUCAUACUUGAUGAACAGAUAUGUAUGACCUUUCAAUUAUUAACAACUUAUGUAUGUAGAUAAUUGGUUUUGAUUGCCACCUAACAUUAUUUUUUUUUGAAAACAACAAUGAACUUAUAAAACCAUAUCAGUAGGGUACUAAGUUAUGUUAGACAAAUUAAAAAAAACAUUAUUCUGAUCUGAUUGUAUUUUUAAUUCAAAGUGUGGGUUACUUGGUAAAGUAAAUUAUUACUGGUAUUGUGUGUUUUAUCAAAGAUUAUAUUAAACAAUCAAUGGAAAAAACAUUACAUUGCUGUAAAAACAAGAAAUAUCAUUUGUAGUGUAACAUCAUAUUCAUGUAAUAUUUUUUAUUAUAUUUUUGAAAAAUAUUUUGUAAUGUUC